AUGUCUUUGAGCAAAGGUUUUCAUUACGAAGCUCACAAACAAACCAUUAGUGGUUAUGAGGAUUUAGGUGAGUUGGGCCGAACUGCAAAUGCAGCUAAUCAUGCACUUGUUUUUAUGAUCCAUGAUAUACGGAAAUCAUGGAAGCAAGUGAUAGCUUAUUAUUUUACGACAGAUACAAUAUCCUGCAGUAAUCUAAAAUUUCUAUUAAAAUUAAAGCAUAUAAUUGAACAGCUACAGGAUAUUGGAAUCAAAGUCAAAACUACAGUUUGUGAUCAAGGUUCAACUCAACGAAGAGCCUUGUCAGAAUUGAGCAAAGAAAAUAACGUUAAACAAACAUCAUACACGUUCAUGGUUCGAUCAGAAGAAAUAGUAAUAAUCUUUGAUGUCCCGCAUUUAUUGAAAAACACACGCAACGCCUUGCUCCGGUCAGUUAUAAAAUUUGAUACGCAUAAAGUUGCUAAAUUUGAAUAUAUUCAUAAUGAUUUUAAAGUCGACCAGCAAUUUCCAUUUAAACUGUUGUACAAAUUGAAAGAAAGCGAGUUUAAUUUUAAGGACUCAUAUUUAAAAAUGAAGGUACAAGUAGCUGCACGCCAAUUGAGCCGGAGCGUUGCAAAUGCAAUUAACGUUUGGUCCGUUAGUAAUAUGAAUGGCAUAUUCCAGGCAGAAGCAUUACAAACAGCAGAAUUCGUUGAACUCAUUGAUAAUCUUUUUGAUUCAUUAAAUGGAUGGACCACAUUAGCAAAACACGGGAAGGUUUACAACUGCUGUUUGCAAGAUAACUCGCCUCAUUUAGCUUUAUGGAAUAAAGUUUUGUCGCAAUUACCGAAAUGGGAAUUAUUUGAUAAAGGUACAGGAAAAAACGUUACAAACAUUUAUCAUUUCGUCAAAGGUUGGGAAAUAAGCAUAAAAUCGAUUAUUGCAUUAUGGAAUGCUUUAAAAGUGGACGGUUUAAAAUACUUAAAUUUAAGGAAUCUCAACCAGUGA